UGACCGGUCACGGGGCGCCGGUUUCCCGUUUUCCCGAUUUUCCCGGUGGCGGCUCCGCGGGACGGAGCGGUCGGUGCCGUCGGGGCGGGGGGAGGCAGCGCGGGGCACGGGGAGCGGCACCGGGUCCGGGUCCGGGACCACCCGCGCGUCCCGGGGGGGCGGAGCGGCCCCGCGCCCCUGCGGUUCCCCCCCCGCUCCGCCGUCCCGGUACCGGCGCCGGGAAGGGCGGGGGGCCGGGCCCGCCCAGAGCCGGUGCCGCUCCUGCAGCGGCGCCCCGGGUGUGGGCGGGACGGGCGUCCCGGGCGUCCCGGGCGCCCUUAAAGGCGAGGCCGGCGGCGGGCCCGGUGCUGCGGAGCCGGCUCCGAGCGCAGCGGGAGCGGCGGGGCCAUGCGGGCUGCCGGUGCCCUGUGCUGGCGCCUGGUGAUGGUGCUGCUGGCCGCGCACCGGGCCGCAGGCGCCCGGCCCUGCAGCCCCAAGUACUUUGGCCGCGAUGCCAUGGUCUGUGUCUGCAACACCACGUACUGCGACACGCUGGACCCCCUGGUCCUGCCACCCCCCGGCUCCUACGUCAAGUACGAGAGCAGCAAGGCCGGCAAGAGGCUGGAGCAGAGCAAGGGGAGGUUUCGGCGCAGACUCUGCGCCCCAGACGUUGUCCUUACCCUGGACACGACGCAGCGGUUCCAGAAGGUGAAGGGUUUUGGUGGCUCCGUCACCGACGCGGCCGCCAUCAACAUCCUAUCCCUGCCGGAAAAGGCGCAGGAUCACCUGCUGCGCUCGUACUUCUCUGAGGAAGGGCUGGAGUACAACCUCGUCCGGCUCCCCAUGGCCAGCUGCGACUUCUCCCUCCACGCCUACACCUACGACGACGUUCCCUAUGACUAUGAGCUGAAGCACUUCAGCCUGCGGGAUGAGGACACCAAGCUGAAGAUCCCUGUCCUGCACCGAGCCAUGGCCAUGAGCAAGCGGCCGCUGUCACUCUACGCCAGCCCCUGGACCUCCCCCACCUGGAUGAAGACCAGCGAGUCCUACAUAGGGAAGGGGACGCUGAAGGGGCAGGCGGGGGACAAGUACCACAAGACCUGGGCCAACUACUUCAUACGGUUCCUGGAUGAAUACGCCAAGCACAACCUGACCUUCUGGGCGGUGACAGCAGAGAACGAGCCCACGGCCGGGCUGAUCAACAACUACCCCUUCCAGUGCCUGGGCUUCACGGCCGAGCAGCAGCGGGACUUCAUCGCCCGCGACCUGGGCCCGGCGCUGGCCAACAGCUCCCACCGCCACGUCCAGCUCAUCAUCCUGGACGACAACCGGCUCCACCUCCCGCACUGGGCCAGAGUGGUGCUGGAGGAUGAAGAGGCAGCUCGUUAUGUCCAUGGCAUCGGCAUCCACUGGUACCUGGACUUCAUCGGUCCCAUACAGGACACAGUGUUGCCCACUCACGAGCUCUUCCCUGACUACUUCAUCCUGGCCACGGAGGCGUCCAUCGGAGCCCAUUUCUGGGAGCGGGAUGUGAUCCUGGGCUGCUGGGACCGGGGCAACCAGUACAGCCACAGCAUCCUGACGAACCUGAACCACUUUGUGACUGGCUGGACCGACUGGAACCUGGCUCUGGACCUGGAGGGGGGCCCCAACUGGGUCAAGAACUAUGUGGACAGCCCCAUCAUCGUGGACAGCAGCGAAGGCAUCUUCUACAAACAGCCCAUGUUCUACCACAUGGGGCACUUCAGUAAGUUCAUUCCUGAGGGCUCCCAGCGCGUGGGGCUCGUUGCCUCCAAAGAGUCCAAGAAGACAGCGCUGGAGCACACGGCUUUCCUGCGCCCCGACGGCGCCGUGGUGGUGGUGGUGCUGAACCGCUCCCCCCAGGACAUCUCCUUCGGGCUGGCCGACACCGUCGGCCUCAUCUCCGCCGUGGCUCCGGCCAACUCCAUCCAGACCUACGUGUGGCAGCGGCAGUGACGGGGAAGGGGCGCCCGUGGACGUGCCGGACGCGGCCGGGCUGGACGUGCGGCCCCAGCUGCCCGCGGGCUCGGGCCGGGGCGCGCGGGGGGAGCGAUUCCUCGGAGCCGAGCGCCCGGAGCGAGCCGGGCCGGGGACGCCGUGCGUGUGGCAGGAGGGCCGGGGGCACCGGUGCCCCUCAGGGUGGAGACCCCACAGGCCGUGAGCGCUGUGUUCUGCUGUUCUGGCAUUAAACGGUGAAGCUGC